UGUUAUUAACUAACAUUUGGCCUUCUGUACAGCAAUGAUCAUUUUAAAAGUAUGUUCCAAGUAUUCCACAAGGUUUUGCAAUAAUUGCUGCACUAACUUAGUAUAGUCACCUUCGUCUGAGUUCGUGAUGAAGAUAAUGAUGGGACUACAAAUUCCAUAAAUUCCACUUGUUUUCAACUGGAUUGUUGUAGGUGUGGCAUCUGAACAGAAAGGCAACUAUUAUUCAGAAAAUAUGGAGAGGCUAUACUGCAAGAAUGCUAUACAGACAGAUGAUAAAGACAGCAUAUUUUAUUAUGAAGAUGAAUUUCUACAAUGAGAUGGCUGUCAAGAUUCAAAAAAGAUGGAGAGGCUACUAUAUAAGGAAAUAUGUGCAUAAUUAUUAUGCAAGAAAGAAAUAUUUCAAAGGCCUGACUGAGAUGAAUGAAACAGUUAGAAAAGAAUUGGCAGAAUUUGCUGAAAUCAAGAGGAUGGAGAGAGAGCGAAUGGCUCUGGAGAAAGAAGAGAAGAAAAAGUGUUAUGAAGCACAGCGGAUGCAUUACCUCCUGAGUACUCAUCAGUGCCCUGGUGUCUUUAACUCACCAUACAGACCUUUCCCAGAUGAAAUGGAACUGAAACUGCAGAUGGAACUGAAACCACAGAGCAUGAGACCUCUGAGCCUUAAAACGUCGUUCCAUAGAAAAGAGACCAGCAAGGGGCUUGUGAACAUGAAUGUACCAGGAUCUCCUUUAACCCUCACAAUGGCACAGCCUUUGCCUCCCAUCCCCAAGAAGAAACCACAGGGGCCCUUCCGCGAUCCUGCUGAAGUAUUGCAGCAGCGCUUCAAGCCUCUGGAGCCAACCUUGCGCGUGGCCACAUCAAUCACGUCAGUGGAGGAGGCCAGAAAAGAGCUGAGACAGGAGGAGUGGAGGAACCGGUUGAAUGACGAGCCAUUCCGCCCUUUUGCUAAUGCUCAUAAGAACAAGAAAUAUGAGGAAAUGAUCAACACUUUGUCCAGGUUUGAACAAAUUACCUUUGACACCAAACACCAAGAAAACCAAGAAAAACUAAAAGAAAAAAAACCAUUCAAAACAGUCUUUACAACAGUCCACGUCUUCGACAAAUUUGGGAGAAUGUACUCCAAUGCUGGAAAAAUUGUGUGAGAAACACCUCCAAUUAAUUGUAGCACUUUAUGUGUUAUGAAAUGCUGUGAUAAAUAAAAUAAAACAGGAUCAAAAUGCA